UUUUGUUAAUGAAAUAGAGAAUUGAAGAGGUGAGAGAAGGAAGAAAGGGGGAAAAGGAAAGGAAAGAAAAGAAAAGAAAGAUGAAUGGUGAGAUGGUUACAUUCCAGCUCACCCGCUUAGUUCGGAUCCAUUUUCUUCCUUCCCUUUCCUCACAAACCAAACCACUGUUAUCUUUCUACCUUCCCAACUAAAUUAUAAUAAAAAAUACUAAUCAUUGUUUUAUUUUUAUUUUUAUUUUUCUAUAAAAAUUGACGAACAUGAUAAGAAAAACCCAGAAAUUUGUAACUUCACCCCAAAAAUUCGUUUCAUUCCAUCCAUGCUGAAACAAAAAAACACGAACUUGUUCUUCCAUUCCUGAAAUCACUGGAUUCAUUGUAAUAAUUAAAUGGGUAAUGUAACGGGAACAGUGGCCGCGAAAUUCGCGUUUUUCCCGCCAGAACCACCCACAUACGAGGUUUUUAGGGCGAACGACGGAGUUAUGGUAUUCUCCGGCACCGCCGAUAAAAAUGUCGACGUUCAUAUUCUAGACACGAAAGGCGGUAACAAGAUCGUUGCGACUUUCUGGAAACACCCUUUUGCGAGGUUUACUAUUUUGUACUCUCAUGGUAAUGCCGCUGAUUUAGGUCAAAUGGUUGAUCUCUUCAUUGAGCUUAGAGCUCAUCUUCGCGUCAAUAUCGUCAGUUAUGACUAUUCUGGAUAUGGACGUUCUACAGGUAAGCCAUCUGAGUUCAACACGUAUUACGACAUAGAGGCUGUAUAUAAUUUAUUGAAGAAUGAAUAUGGGUUUAAGCAAGAAGAUUUGAUUUUGUAUGGUCAAUCGGUUGGAAGUGGGCCGACACUACACUUGGCUUCUAAAUUGCAGAAGUUGAGAGGUGUUGUAAUUCACAGUGGUAUUCUUUCAGGAUUAAGGGUUUUGUAUCCUGUCAAGGUGACAUUUUUCUUUGACAUAUACAAAAAUUUAGACAAAAUUCGGUAUGUCAACUGUCCUGUGUUUGUUAUACAUGGAACAGAGGAUGAUAUUGUUGAUUGGUCUCAUGGAAAGCGAUUGUGGGAACUCUCAAAGGAAAAAUAUGAUCCAUUGUGGGUUAAGGGUGGAGGUCAUUGCAACCUUGAAACUUUCCCUGAGUACAUCAAGUACUUGCGCAAGUUUAUUAAUGCGAUGGAGAAACUCUCGAUCACUUGCCAGACAAACAAACAACUCACUCAAAAUCCCAGUAUUACUGAAUCCAGACAUAACAGAUGCUUAAGAUUUGGUAGAAAAUAGGUUUCAAUAUUUUUAAGUUUUUGAAUGUAAGAAAUCAGAAUCAGUGUUUUAUUGAAGUUUAAGCUCAACAGCACUCGUCCCCGUGUUAGUUAUGUUUGGAUUGGUGGAAUAGAGUAAAAAGGAAAACAAUCUGGUUUGAUUGUAAAAACUGGAUGCUGUGUCAUUUCAUUUCACACUAUGUCACCAAUCCAAACAUACUUUAGUGCUGUUUAUUAGGAUUAAAGGAUGUCUAAGACCCCACCAAAAAAUGUGAUGGUGUCUGUGAUCCAAAUCCUUUUGAGAUAGUGAUAGCCUUAUUUAGGUGGAGAACUCCUGAGUGGUGUUUGCCUGGUUAAUUAUAGUGUACUUGAUUUAGAAUUUUGGUAAAUUUGUUGUGUAUGUAUAGGUUUAUCAUCAUUUUUGGUAGGGAAAAAAAAUAUUUGUCCUAUAUGGCUUCAUGGAAUUUAUAUAGAUAACGUGGGCAUCUAGUAA